UGCCAAUGACGUCGAGAUUUCACGCGGUGGUGAUGGUGACCUUGCUGCUGCUCAGCGCUCAUGCAACUGUAGCCCAAGACACCAUGUGCCGAACUCCAGCAACGUCGUGCACCUAUGGCUAUCGCUGCACGUACUACACUCAUCACCCCGACAGCAGCGCAACCAGCGUCCGCCAGUGUUCUUGUGAAUGCGUUUCUGACAACCCGCCAAACGAUGGGCCAGUGCUAAGGCGGCCGUGCUCGGUGGAUGCCCAGUGUCCCCAUGGCCAAGUGUGCUUUGAUGGUGACAGCUGGGCUGGUUUUUGUUUAACGCAUCAUGCGAAGCCUUCCUCCAGUGACAAGCAGGCGAAAUCCGGCGGCCUACGACGGGCGGCCCCAUUGUCUACAGCCAACCACCAACUCACCGAAUCGUUGAAGUCGACAACUCAUCCAAACACGCAAGUGGGAAAUGGCCCCCGGAAAGCUGACACCAAACUGAAGAAGGCCGCGUGCUCAAAUUCACAGACCGCCUACAUCGCAGCGUGCAGUGUUGUGGCUGGAGUGGUGGCGGGAGCGAUCGGCACAGCGACGGUACUCGUGCAAUGGGUGCUGCCACGCGCUCGGACACUGUAA